AUGCUAGCUGGGCUGUACCGGCUCAAACAUUUAGGGAUUACCCGGUUUACAUUGCCUGCCAGCAUAUCAAAUGCAUUGGCUCAGCUCCCAGAUGAAGCUAUUGCCCUUGCCGCUGCAUCACAUAUUGAGAGGGAGUUGCAGAUUACUCCAUGGAAUCUAAGCAGUAAUUUUGUUGCUUGUACAAAUCAGGACAGAGCAAAUAUAGAGCGUUUGGAAAUCACUGGGGUUGGCGAUCCGUCUGGACGGGGUCUAGGAUUCAGCUUUGUGAGAGCUGCACCAAAAGCACCAGCUGCGGCCGGGCAUAUGAAGAAAAAGGCAGCAGCUGGUCGUGGAGCCCCAACUGUCACUGGUACCGAUGCUGAUCUUCGCAGAUUAAGCAUGGACGCGGCUCGAGAGGUUCUUCUCAAGUUCAAUGUUCCUGAUGAGAUAAUUGCCAAACAAACUCGAUGGCACCGUAUAGCUAUGAUACGGAAGCUAUCAAGUGAGCAGGCUGCAUCUGGUGUUAAGGUUGAUCCUACAACCAUAGGAAAGUAUGCCCGUGGCCAGAGAAUGUCUUUCCUGCAGAUGCAACAACAGGCCCGAGAAAAGUGCCAGGAGAUUUGGGAUAGGCAACUUUUGUCCCUUUCAGCUUUUGAUGGUGAUGAGAAUGAAAGCGAAAAUGAGGCAAACAGUGACUUGGACUCCUUUGCCGGAGAUCUGGAAAAUUUACUCGAUGCCGAGGAAGGUGGGGAUGGGGAAGAAUCUAAUAUGUCUAAGAAUGACAAAUUGGAUGGAGUUAAGGGUCUCAAGAUGAGACGGCGGCCAUCUCAAGUUGAGACGGACGAAGAAAUUGAAGAUGAAGCUACUGAAUAUGCGGAGUUAUGCCGAUUGCUGAUGCAAGAAGAGGAUCAGAAGAAGAAAAAGAAGAAGACUAGAGCUGUGGGAGAAGGAAUGGGAUCCUUUCCUCCACCACGGCCCAAUAUAGGUUUUCAGAUUGCUGAACCUGUAAGAAAGGCCACUGUCAUUGACAAGAAACCUAUUGCCACCCAACCUGAUGCAUCUUUCUUACUAAAUGAGAGCACCGUCAAAGACACCAGAAAUGUUGAUAUCCCAAUGAUUAAGACCCCCAAAGGUAAACAGGUAAAGGAGAGCGGCAAUUCUUUGGGCCAAGUGCCGAAGCUCAAAAUAGUGAACGAUAACCUAAAGCAGUUCAAGGAAAAGAAAUCGGCGAGAGAGAACUUUGUUUGUGGAGCCUGUGGCCAGCAUGGGCACAUGAGAACCAAUAAACACUGCCCAAGAUACAGAGAAAAUACAGAAUCACAGCCCGAAGGUAUGGAUAUAGACAAGUCUGUGGGGAAACCGAGUUCUUCUGAACAAUCAGGUCAGACAAAGAAGCUGAAACCUAUCAAGAACACCAAGGCUGCGCCAAAAAGCGCAAUGAAAGUUUCUGUAGAUGAAGCUCCGAAGGGAGAUAAUUCAAGUUCCAAAACUGGGACGCUCCCUCUGAGGUUUAGAUAUGGUAUCCCUGCUGGAGGGAUGUCAGAUAACCCUGGUUCUGAAGCUCCAGGAAGUUCUGAGCAAGCAGCAGUGUCUGACAUAGACACUAAGACGAAGUCCACGUCCAAGUUUAGCAAACUCAAGAUUUCCAGUAAGCCAAAACCUAAAGAAUCAAAGGUUGAAUCUGACAGACCUUCGCAGUCAUUGAUGCCUACUUACAGCAGAGAGAGAGCGGAGAGCGAAACUCACAAGCCUUCAGUUUCUGGACAACCCUUGUCUAGUACAGAGAGAAAUCAAGGUGCGUCAAGCAGGCACACUAUUUCUAUCCCGCAGCCAUCAGUGAGCUUGGAUAGAGACCAAGCGGAAUCUCGUAGGCCUCAUCUCGUGAUACGACCGCCGACAGAGAGAGAGCAGCCUCAGAAGAAGCUCGUUAUAAAACGCUCGAAAGAGAUAACUGAUCAUGACAUGAGUAGUCUUGAAGAGAGUCCACGUGUUUUCAAUGAGUCGGAUUCCUUGUCGCCAUCAAACAAACGAACUAUUGUUUCUGCGGGAGGAGUAUUCGAGCUUGUGAGAAGCUACGUUUGGGUUGCCAACAGAGACGAGCCUCUCAACAACUACAAUAGAACCUUAGAAAUAUCUGAAGCAAAGCAACACUCGUUAUCCGGGACCCAUCUGAUAACCGGAUCGUGUGGUCAAGCUCAAGUUCUGGUUCAGGGUCUCCGAUGGCAAAGCUGUUCGGUAACGGAAACUUUGUGCUGA